CGCCGUAAAUCGGGCCCGGCCAACUAGGGCGGUAAAAUUACGGUACUCGGUAUUACCAUUACCGUUUCCCAAGUCUGCGCAACUUCAUCGCGCAUCGAUUUCCCCGAGAAUCUGUCGUCCCUUCCAUAUCAUCUUCUGCUCUCCUCCUCUUUGCCUUCCUUCUUUUUCUCCUUCCCAUUCGAAUCUCCCCCACACCCGACUCGAGCAUCUUUUUCGCGCGGUCCAUCCUCCCCUACCAGACCGACAUCUAUCUCGUCGCCGUUCGCACAAUUCCUCCGUGCGAAUCCUCCGUCUUUCCCUACACAAUCUCACAUCGGGGCAUGAGCGUCUGGAGGGUCUAGCCCCCCCUCCACGACAAGGAAGUAAAAGACCAAAAAACACAAAACAGAACCUUACCGGAGAUCUGGCUGGGUGGUGGUACUUUUUUUUGUUCCCCCAUCGUGAGUAUUACUGGGGUCUCAACCCCCCCCUCCCUCUUGUUCGCAUGUAAAAAUGGUACUGACGUCGAUGCUGACCCCGGUCGUUGGCUGCGCCAUCCUACCAAUCGCCUCGCUCGGUUGCCUUCAAUUUCUUUCCCCCCGGCAAGGGUCUCGUUUACGGCGGGUACGGGGGAAUUUCAAUUCAAACCAUCUCUCUUUUUAGCCCACCACCGUUCUCCCUCGUCUAUAUCUGCCUUUUCUCCCCUCUCCUCUCCUCGUCUUCCCUCCCCCCUCCCCCCUCNUCCCCCCUCCCCCCUCCCUCUCCUUUGGUUACCAUGGAGGGAAUGAACCAUGGAGGGCACGGGCACGGGCACGGCUACGGGCAUGGGCAUGGAGGAGCCCGACCGUCGCAGCCAUCCGCGCUGCCCUUCCCGGGAAUCGAUAUCGACUCACAUAUGAUGUCCGACGACUUCACCUUCGGCUCCACCUUCAGUCCGGCCAACUCCACUUCCAACUCCAACGCUCAGGACGGUAUGCUUUCGGACGCCAUCUUCCCGGAGUGGAAGACCGGUGCCCCGCGGGGUGGCGACAACCCCGACGAGUUACAGAAGAGCGAUCCUUUGGCUGCCCAGAUCUGGAAACUCUACACUCGAACAAAAUCUCAGCUACCAAACCAGGAGCGCAUGGAGAAUCUGACAUGGCGCAUGAUGGCCAUGAGUUUAAAACGCAAGGAACGAGAACAAGCUCGGAUAGCGCAAGCCCAAAAUGAUACCACCAGUCCCAACUCGAGCGGCAUCGCCCAGUUGCGUCUCUCGGAGCAAACGACCAAUGUUUCGCCCGAUCAUCAUGCUGACAUGCACAUGGAUGCGACGCCUGACCCGAUGAACAUUGACGAUUUUAUCGUGCCCUUUGAUUCCCCCGUUGACUAUGCCUCACAUCCCGCUGCCGACCGACACUUUAAUGCGACUCCCACUGCAUCAAUUCCCAUUAAAGCGCGCAAGGACCAUCCCGUGAAUGACUCGGCCGCCGCCGCAUCGUUCCCUCACCCACCGGCGGAUCAGCGCAAGAACAGCGAAUUUGGCUACGUCACCCGUCGAGUGCGCAAGACCAGUGUCGACGAGCGCCAGUUCUUCGCCGGUCUGGCCGUGCCGACUCGCAAGCGACCGGCCGAUUCGUCGCCCCAGGUCCCGCCCGUGUCGAACACGAUGCUGGCACAGCAUUCCGAGUUAUCCUCCACGCUUCCCGACUACUCCUUGGACCAUCCACCCUCGGCCUUUGCCAUGCCUGGAAACGGCACGCUCGGCGGGCGUCGUCCUCAGCACCACCACACCUCCAGCAUUCCCUUCAGUCUGGACACUUUCGGAGUGGCCGAGGAUCAUGGCAUUCACUCGGCUGGGCCGUAUCAGCAGCACUUUACCUUUUCUCCCUCCGAGUCCCCAAUGACUUCUGGCAAUCCAUUCUCCAACCUAUAUGCGCAGACGCCAUUGGCGUCCUCCCUCAACUCGACAGAGUUCUUCUCUCCGCCACCCUCGGGCUAUCAGUCAACCGUGUCGACUCCUCAGCCCAUCUACGAAGGAGAGCAGUCCAUGUUCUUUAACGAUGUGCCGUCUACAGACUCCCAAGCCCAGCGCCGCAUCCCGAACUACAUUCAGCAAAGAACUUCCAACCUGUCGGCAUCGCUGCAGCCACGCCACAUGUUCAACACGACCAACGGCGAGUUUUCGGCCCCAACUGCUGUCACAGGUCCGCCUGCGAACAUGCACCAAUCCGGUUUCUCCGUUCCACCACCCCAGCAUGUGGAUCCCACCCAAGUCCUGGGUUCCGGCGAGUUUUCCUCGACCGCCCCGACCAACAGCAUGUUCACGUUUGGUGGUGACUCUGAUAAUGAAGACGACGAUGGUCCCACGUAUGAACGCGGUGGUAUCACGAUGCCGAACGACUUCCCCUCCAUGGACGACGGUGACAUGAAUUCUGGCCUGACCUGGGAUUCUGGGUUCGCCGGGUCGGUCCAGUCAUUGCCAGGCUUCAAUGGCCUACACCGAAAGCAUGUCACCAUCGGAUCCAUUGAUAUGAUGGAUGGUCCUUCUGACUGGCAGCACGCGGGCAGUUUGGGUCGUGGACUCGGCUCGGCCGCCUCCGUGAGCGAUGUUCGUAACCGAGAGCAGGAUCCCCGCCGUCAGAAGAUUGCUCGCACUGCCUCAACCCCGAACGCUCCCGCACUGCUUCGACAGAGUAUGAACGGAAUCACCAGUGGCCCAUCGACCAACCACCCGUCCCCCAACACGCCUCCCGAGUCUGGUCUCAGCAGUGCAGUGCCAUCGCGUCCAGGUAGCCCUGGUGGAUCCAAGAACGGCGACCCCAAUGCCGGUCCGACCACUUGUACCAACUGCUUCACCCAGACCACUCCCCUGUGGCGCCGUAACCCCGAGGGUCAGCCGCUAUGCAAUGCUUGUGGCCUCUUCCUGAAGCUUCACGGAGUCGUUCGCCCGCUGUCGCUCAAGACCGAUGUAAUCAAGAAGCGUAACCGCAGUAGCGCCAACAGUCUCGCUGUCGGCACUUCUCGCUCGUCCAAAAAGUCAUCUCGGAAGAACUCCAUGCAGCAGGUGCCUUCCAGUCUAGUUGCCUCUCGAACUCCGAAUGGCAACUCUUCCGAGUCACCCCCCGCCAUCGUGGGAUCUAGCACGAUGGGCAAACCGGGCGUGGUCCCCAUUGCCGCGGCUCCUCCCAAGGCUGGUCCCGUUGCUGGGGUAGCUUCGGCUCGUGCUGGAGUGCAAGUGGCUCCUCGACGCCAGCGUCGCCUGGAGAAGGCUCCGACUGGGUCUGAUCCAGAUCCCGAAGAUAGCCCCCGGACCAACACGUCCGCUGGUCGGUCCAAGGUGGUACCAUUGGCACCCGCCAUGCUGCCUGCAGCCGCCAACCCAGCCAACCACAGUAUUGCUGGUGGCCAGGGUGCAAGCCAAGAGUGGGAAUGGUUGACCAUGAGUCUGUAAACGGCUUUUUUUCACCGUUGGGAAAAUCCUGCUUUUUGACUCUUUGUGAUUCUUCCAUUUCUUUUCUGUCGAUGUCUUUCGGUGCUACGGGGCUGGACUGCCACCACCUCUCUAAUCCCAUCCAUCCACGACUAAUACUCCACUUUGCUAGUGGUCCCCGCAUGGAUUUAUGAAACCCAUGCUGUUAUGCCUUUCCCCCUCCCCUUUUUAUCUCCCAUUGUCUCUUAUACGUUAACGUGUGCUUGAUGAUCUGUGUGAUUUGAUUGAUACAAUCGCGUCUGUCCGGUGCCCGAGUUUGCUUUUUCUUUUGUUUUGAUUUCGUGCUUUUUAUGUGCAACUCGGGCCCGGGCAGAAGUGCGCAUCUCAUGUCUUUUUGAUAUUUUUUUCUGGUUUCUUCUGACGUGAUUCCUCUUUUUGAUGCUUUUUUCUCGUCACUAUAUUGAUUACGCGCUGCUGAGCAGGCCCGAUGUGAUGAUCUGGACUUUUUUUUCGAAGAUUUAGACUUGAAAUUGAUUACGAUUGUUAUGACAUUA